GCAUCAACACAUCGCAAACUUAGAGAAGAAACUUUGAAAGAUCGUGACGUGACAAACUAAAGUAAGUAAAUUGUGCUUUACUCCUACUUAAAUCUCUCGUCUCCUGAAAGAAUUGAAAUACUUAUAAAGAUUCAUAUGCAAAAGCUUACAGAUUUUGGAAUGGUUGUGCUGUUAUGCUUUUUCGUUCUUAAGCUUACGACAGAAAAAUUAUCUCGAUCAGCUCAAGUAAAGGUCGGCGUCUCUGGUGGAUCAGAAAUGAACGUAUAGAGAUCAAUAAUUUUGAGGUAUAUGCACUUUUAACCGAUAAAAUGUAGAGGAAGUUUCUGAUGGAGUUACAGAUCAGCCUUACUUCCACUUUUCAGGAGUUUGAUAUUAGCUGUUUUAUCGAAGUUUGUGAAAUUCAGAACAGUUAAAAAAAAUUAGCAUUUGUUAUGGCUUCGGUACUCAUUCGCCCCAUCACGCUUGAGAGAACUUUUCGAAAAGUUUUAAUUAACAAAUAAAGAAUCCUUGACUGUGCUCUUUUCUAUUGAAGCACGCAGGAAGCGGCUAGAGCACGAAAGAAGUAUAGGGAGAAACACGAGACGUAGUCUUCUUGAGUGCUCUAGCUGCUUCCUAAGUGCUUUACAACAGAACAGAGCACAGUCAAGGCUUCUCUGUUUGUUUUAUAACAAAGAAUCCGUUAAAUUCCCCAAGCAUUACUUUCAAUUUUCAAAACAAACUUUAUUUCCGAAGCGAACAACAGCUACAACACCGCUCAGUUGACGACACUACGCCUCUGAUCAAACUGCCGGGCUCAGUCAUAAAUAAACUAAAUUCCCGACAGUCAGAAAUUAAUGUCACUGAAAAGUUCUUUUAAACUUCGAAAGAGUAUCAGAUUUUUGUAUAGAAAUGUCCAGAAUAUAAUUAACAUACUUUGUAUGAAUAAUUUAAGCACCAUAUAGACAACGCUCAAACAACCUCGUGACGCAGACAAAAUACAUGCCACAUUUUUUUCAGGAAUUGAGAUAAGGGAAUGUUUCUUUAGUUUAAUAAUGCUCAGAAGCUAGUUAUCCUUUUCUGAUCAUUAGUUUCUUUGCUGAUCAACAGAAUGAACAUCAUGUUUAAGGUCAUCCUGCAUCUGAGUUUUCUGUUUCUGGUGGACAGAUCUUUGUCUUCACCAAUAAAACAAAACAAAACUAAAGUUCUUAUCCUUGGCGCCGGACUCGCUGGAAUUAAAGCGGCGAAAACACUACUGGACAGAAACAUCACCGACAUUCUGAUUCUUGAGGGAAAGAAUUACACUGGGGGUAGAAUACAUGCCAUCGAGUUUGCAAACCACUCGAUUGAAACGGGAGCGAACUGGAUUCAUUUCGUAAAUGAAGACGAAACCAAACCUAUCGUGGAUCGAAGGGACGCGAAAAAAUUGAAAGGUCUUACCUCUAAUUACUCAGACAUAUUGGUGAGGUAAGACGCUACAAGGCCAAUUGGGAUAAGUGGAGACGUGCAUAGCUUGAUUUUUAUAAACACAGCUUAUAAUUACGAGGAAUGCAAAUUCUUAUGGGGUCUGUGAGCACCUCUUCCCCUUCCUCUGAUAACUUGCACCUCAUUCAAGAGGGAAAAGUCCGACUUGUGUGCCGGCUUUUAAAAAUUGCCAGUAGCCCAAUUUCCAACUGUCUAUCGUCCAGGUGAACAUGAACAAACUGCGAUUACAUUUAUUUAAUUUGUUUCAGCUAUUUUAAAUUUGAAAGAGCUGAAAACAACGUACUUCUUCAUAUCCACAUCCCUGUCAAGUCUCCAUAGAUAAUACUAUCAAAUUAUCUUUUAGUCGAUUUCCCUUAGUUUCGUUUCCAGGACUACUCUUGUCAUUAGUAAUUUUUUUCUUAGAAAAUCGAGUCAUCUUGGAAUAAGAAUGCUGGACGGACAUGAGAUUCCGGUUGUUCUAAGGGCUGAUGACGCUAUCCACGCGAACCAGUUAAUACCGAUGGAUUAUGUAGCACGUUUCGUUAAAACCUAUCCGCUUGAAAUCGUAUUUCACCCUUUGAUAAACUGGGUGCAAGUUGAAAAUCAUCGGUUGACACAAAUAAAGUCUUGUUAACCCGUAACAUGUUAGCAAAAUAUAGCAUUCAGAUGACGACUAACUCAUUUUGUCUCGGGUUUCCGUACAGAACACCUCUUCUCCCCAUCCUUAAUCAAAGGUUUAUUUUUUAUUUAGGGGAAACUGAAUUCGAAUAUCCAUUUUGAGAUGAGUAUCCCUCCAAAGUACGCUAACAAAACGUUCAAAAGUUGUUGCUCUUGCAAACCUACAACUGUUUUUAUUUUUUUUAGGGACGAAGCAGGAAACGAUAUCACUGAUUUUGCAGUUCUGCGUGAGUUUUAUGACAAAAUCGAGCACAAAAUUGAAGACUACAAAGUAAAAUGGAAGGGUCAGCCAGACUUCUCCGCCCGUGUUGGUAUGAAGAGGAUGGGAUGGUCGGCUGAACAACCCAUAGAAAGCGUUAUUGAAUAUUUCAACAUCGAUUUCGAGUUCGCGAGGCCUCCAGAGGAGGUUUCCUUUUACAACAUGUUUGAGCGCGGAGAAGACUUUUUCAUCUCUGAUGGGCGAGGAAUAUGGUCCAUGUACGAAGAUCUUUAUAAGCCAUUGGAAGCGAAGACUUUACUGGGCAAAUUAAUCACAAAAAUCAAGCAUAAUGCCGAUUCCGUUGAAGUACAAACCUCCGAUGGAUGGAGUUACCAGGCAGAUUAUGCCCUUUGUACAUUUAGCUCCGGAGUUCUGGCCAGCGACUUGGUUACUUUCGAGCCAGCCCUUCCAAAUUGGAAAAAAGAGGCCAUUCAUAAAAAUCCGAUGUCGCCUUACACAAAAAUUUUUCUAAAAUUUCCAAAAAAGUUCUGGGAUAAUCACGAAUAUAUUCUGUACGCUUCCAAAGAGCGCGGACGUUUCCCUGUGUGGCAGGAUCUGUCAAGACCUGGGAUCUUUCCCAUUUCGAGUGGAAUGUUACUGAUCACCGUAACAGGGUCUGAAGGACGAAGGAUUGAGGGGCAACUAUUUAAUGAAACAAAGGCAGAGAUCAUGGGAAUGUUGAGAGAGAUCUACGGGAAUGGCAUCCCUGAAGCGACAGGUGAAGGGCAAUAAUUCAGCUUUGCAGGGUUCCUUUUAACCACAAAUCAACAUAUCAUAUCGUUCUUCUGAACGUAGUCAAAAGAAAUAUCGACAGAUGGAGAGAUAAGUUGGCGAUAGUUUCGAUAAAUGUUUAUCUCUUCAUUUGCCGGUAAUUAUCCCUACAGAAAGCAACACAAUUAAGACACAAAAUUGUGGCCUUUAAAACCUUGAUUAAACCAGACUCAAAACAAGUAACAAAAGGCAAACCAAUCGCAACGCCAAAAAGGACUGGCUCUAGCUAGUUUUAUUCACUGCACCAAGAUCUUCACCAUCAAAGUCUGCAGGUCUCCCACAUCAUGAUGCAAGUACUCUCUUUGACAUGAUUAUUCAAUAUUUUCUUCAGAUAUUUAUUAUCGCCGCUGGUCAAAGGAGCCGCUGACGCAAGGCGCAUAUUCAGAACCAGUGGUAGGUAUGACUUCAAAGGACUGGGAGAAUAUUGGAAAAAACUUAGGACGACUGUACUUUGCUGGCGAAGCGACGAGCGAAGACUGGUGCGGCUACAUGCAGGGUGCCUACCUGACCGGCGACAAGAAAGGGAACAUGAUCGCCGAUAAAAUCUCUCCACGUGAAUCUUACAACAAACGAAAGAGUGAGGCAACCCCCACCAGCCCCAGCAAACCGGGAAAACCAAAGAGUGAGGCAACCCUCGCCAAAGUGUCCUCAGUAGGAAUCUUGUUGCCCCCUCUUUGGUUAAUAACCAUGUGGAAGUAAACAAUUCAUCAAGCCGGCAAGAGAUUUGUUAUUAGCCGUGAUAGCCCCAGGGCAGCCCUUACUGAUUGAUAGAGUGACAUUACUGUAACUUUAAUGAAACAUUCGUGUUGCAUAGAGGACCCACUAGAUGUAGUAGUGUACUCUGUGGGAGAAUUUGUCAGCUUUCGCCUGGUAUAUAGAUAGAUAGAUAGCCAUUGGCUAAAGUUACGUGCCCACGAGGGCAAGGUGCAGUAAAAUUCGAAAGUAAUUAAGCAGACUUCGAAUAGAUAUUACUUCUUUUUUACGGUCAGCCGCUGUACUUAUUACCUGCAGAUAGUCCUGUGCAAGUACUAACUGCUCUCGGCUACAUGUAUUAAUCACGAGUUCACUUUCACUCAGCUUGUGAUCAUGUUAUUGAACAAAAAGAUUCUAUGUUGCUGUACUUCUGUUCAGUGAAGAGUCCCACAUGACGUCAACAUAUGGCAAGAACAGAAAAGUAGUAAACGAUGGGCAGGGGGGGUGUGUCACUGAUGCUCUUAUCAGAUUUGACCUUAUCCGUGAUCUGUUCCUGAACAGGCUCACGGCAACACAGAAUCUAUUUGUUAAUUAUAUGAUAAAAAAGUCAAAAUGUCGUUAAUGUGAACGUCACCUAUGCGUCUGUCCAGCAAUAGAUAGUAGGUAAGAACCAUUCGAAAUGUGUGUAUAAUUCAGCUUGUAAUAAAUGUAGAAUAAUAAACGCC